AUGGCCAAGGUCGUGCUCUCGUCAAAGAGGCUUUGGCUGCGCGUUGCAGACUCUUCUCAGAUCAAAUGCAAGCUUUCCAACAAUUGCGUUGCUUUUUUUGAAUUUCUGGCAGCGCUGGUGCAAACUUCCUGCUUUGCUCAGACCGUUGCAAUUCACCUCUCGAGUGACACUUGUGGCUGCAGCCUACGCCGUGGGUAUCCGAGUUCUCCUUUGCGAGCAUUGAGCUUAGUGCAAAUGCUUCCGACAACAUUUCCUGCCAUGAGUGCCUCGCUUAGAUUGCUUUGCUUCAUUGCGUUUCUGCAGUAA